AUGAGAGAAGCCGAGACAGAGCCACAUGAAGGAAAACGGAAGCAAGAAUCUUUGUGGCCAAUAUUCAAGAUACAUCAUCAAAAGUCUCGAUACAUUUAUGAUUUGUUUUAUAGAAGAAAAGCCAUAAGUAGAGAACUUUAUCAAUAUUGCCUCAAUGAAAAAAUUGCAGAUGGAAACUUGAUAGCCAAAUGGAAAAAGACAGGUUAUGAAAAUCUUUGCUGUUUAAGAUGUAUUCAAACAAGAGACACAAACUUUGCUACCAAUUGUAUAUGUAGGGUACCCAAAAGUAAGUUAGAAGAAGGGCGAAUAGUGGAGUGUGUUCAUUGUGGUUGCAGAGGAUGUUCAGGCUAG